UAAACUGGUUUGCCAAACGCCAUUAAACCCUAAAGAAGAAGAACGUGGAAAACGUACACAAUAAAGAUGGCGUCUUCCAGCGAGGCAACGGUGAAUGAUCCACACGUGGGGAAAAAGAAGAAGCCUCCAGCUCGUUACUGGCAGGAGCCAAAAGAGGAGGGGAACGAUGAGAACAAAGUGGGGAAAGGAGGAGAACAGACUGAACAGGCUGUGCAGCAGAAGAAGCAAAAGAUACAGAAAUCAAAGAAAAGAAAACAAGGAGGGGUUCAGAGCAAUGGAAAGAGAUUCAUAUCAGGGAAAUCAGACCCUUUCCCUGGGCCCGCUCCUAUUCCAGAAGAUAGAAUGCAGAAGUUCAAGAGGAAAGAUAAAAUUAAAAAGCCUCGCAGCCGGAAUUAUAAGCUAAGGGACAUGGUAGCUCGCUCAGAAGAAGCUUCAGAAAUGGCCCAGAAACAAGCAGCCCGGUUUGACCUUCUACUCCCAGAGGACGCAGGGUUUCUAGUAGGAGAUGAAGAUGAGGACACGUAUACGAUCUCACAGGAAGAUAUUGCUGAUGCUGUGGAUAUAACAUCUGGGGCAAAGUAUUUUAAUCUGAAACUGUCUCAGUUUGGACCAUAUCGAGUGGAUUACAGCAAGACUGGACGGCACCUACUGCUUGGUGGGAGGAGAGGCCACGUUGCUUGUAUAGACUGGCAGUCCAAAGAGCUGAUGUGUGAGAUAAACGUGAUGGAGUCUGUCAACGAUGUCAAGUGGCUCCAUAGUGAGGCCAUGUAUGCAGUGGCUCAGAAGAAGUGGCUGCAUAUCUAUGACUCCAAUGGAAUAGAGCUCCACUGCAUCCGCAAAUUCAAUGACGUUCUCCGUAUGCAGUUCCUCCCCCACCACUUUUUGCUAGCCACAGCGAGUGCUACAAGUUUCCUUCAGUACCUGGAUGUGUCUGUGGGAAAGGAGGUGGCUGCCAUCUGCACCAAGACUGGCCGGCUAGACGUGAUGUGCCAAAACCCUCACAAUGCCAUCAUCCACCUGGGCCACCACAACGGCACGGUCACCCUCUGGUCGCCCAACCAGAAAGAAGCCCUCGUCAAGAUGCUCUGUCACCAGGGCGGCGUGCGCUCUGUCACUGUAGACAAGACGGGCACAUACAUGGUGACAUCUGGCAUGGAUAAAAAGCUGAUGGUAUAUGACAUUAGAUCCUUCAAGCCCCUCCAGUCCUACUUCCUCCCUGCUGGAGCUUCCUGUUUGUCACUGAGCCAGAGGGGGCUGCUGUCUGCAGCCACCGGGGAUAUUGUUCAGGUGUACAGGGACGUGUGGAGCACACCAGUGACUAAACCCUACAUGGCUCACAGAGUUCAAAGAACAGUUUGGGGGCUGCACUUCUGUCCCUUUGAGGACGUUCUCGGGGUGGGACACGGAGACGGUUUCACCAGCAUGCUCGUACCAGGUGCGGGAGAGCCCAACUUUGACGGUCUGGAUGCAAAUCCAUACCGCAGUGCGAAGCAGAGGCAAGAGUGGGAGGUUAAAGCCCUGCUGGAGAAGAUCCAGCCAGAGCUCAUCAGCCUAGACCCCACCGAGCUGGGACAGGUUGACCUUGCCACCUUUGAGCAAAGGCAUCAAGACAGAGUCGAAGCUCUGGGCUUUGACCCACUUGCCAAAGAAAGAUUUACUCCCAAGUAUAAGAAGAAGGGUCGUAGUUCUGCUGGGAAUGUUGAACGGCGCAAGAAACAAGUGGCUCAUGUGGACCAGAGGGAAGUAAUCAGAAAAACUAUGGGGGAUAAAAUGAAGAUGGAAAAAGAGAUCAAGGACAAAGAGAAGAAGGCGGCAGUGUUGUCUAGCCAGAGAUCUGCUCUGGAUAGAUUCAAAAAAUAAAAAGGAGGACUCUUGUGCAGGCCAGAACCCAGUGACAUCCUGUAAGAAUGACUGUUGAACUUCCCAUAAUAUAAAGGAAACAUUAUUUUGGACACAUCACUUCACUGUGGGAACAAAACACCAACUUGCAGAAAUUCUGGAUAUAGUCAGCUAGUAAAGAGUCAUUGUGAUGGGGGACAGUUCAUCUGUAAUCAAUGUUGAGUGCAGUCAUUGGACAGUUCUAUUUUAAUGCCUGUAGCCUGAAGCACUUUGUCUACAUGGGUGGGUAAUGUGAAGUGCGUUGGCUGACAUGGGUGUCACCCAGAAUUUGCAUCAAGUUGAGGGACUUUUAUUCUCUCUACUGACAAUAUUUUUUCACUUGUGUUUGACAUUGUCUAAUGGAGUGCUGUGGUAGCUGAACUGUCUAAAUAUAUGUCAAGAUGUUUUUAUAUAAAUAUGUUCUAAAAAUAAACAACAUAAUGCCAAA